UAGUUUCAUAUCGACAACCGUUUACUGGUACUUAACCGAUGAACCAACAACGCUCGCAGGUUUGUCGGAGAGCGACUAGGGAAAGGCAAUAAUAUAAUGGAAGAUCCAGAAGAAAUAGAUUUUGAUGAACAGUUACGCCAGGAAGAAUAUGUCAAGAAAAAAGAAGAAGACUUUAUAGCUAAAGAGCAGACAUACACAGACAAGGAUGGCACUGUAUUUGAAUGGGAUGAAGACAAGAAAGCUUGGUUUCCAAAAAUUGAUGAUGACUUCUUAGCACAGUACCAGAUGAACUAUGGAGUUUCGUCAGACAAGGAUGGUUCUUCUGCUGCAACGAAUGUGUCAUCAGCUGAACCUAGUACUGCUCCAUCAUGGGACACUAAAAACCCACCAGAUCCUAAUGACCCCAACUAUCAGUACUGGUACUGGUACCAUUAUUAUCCCACAGUGACCCAAAAAGGGACAUGUGGUGAAUCAGGUGCUGAGCAAAAAACAAGAGAUCCUGAAAUUUCAUUGAAGUCUGACACAAAUGACCAAGCCCAAGUGGAGGAAGAGAAAUCAGAACAAAAAAAUGAAGCUGAUGGUGCAUCAGCAAACAGUCAAAUUCCAGAUCCCAGUGAUCCCAAUUAUGCAUAUUGGUAUUAUUAUUACUAUGGACAUCCGGGUCAGACAGAAGGGAAAACAAAAAAAUCUGCAAAAAGUGAUGAUAAGGAUUGGGCAGAUGCACACUCACGUCUGGACUAUUAUGAUAAUCACUUUGCUAACUACAGUGGUGCUCAAGGUGAUGGAGAGAAUAAGGACAGCACUGGAGAUGACUCUGGCCAAGACAAGGGGAAGGGAAAGAAAGGGGAGAAGAGGAAAGCACCAGCUCAUCAUGAACCACCAACCUGGUUUGAGGUGGACCAGAACCGUAAUACCAAUGUUUAUGUUAGUGGCUUGCCUGCAAACAUGGAGGAAACGGAAUUUCAGGAACUGAUGAGCAAAUGUGGAAUGAUAAUGUAUGACCACAUAACGAGGAAGCCAAAAAUUAAGUUAUACCGCAAUGAAGAUGGGACCUUGAAAGGAGAUGGUCGCUGCUGCUAUAUCAAAGUUGAAUCUGUAGACUUAGCACUGAAAAUCCUGGAUGGAUCUUCAUACAAGGACCAUACAAUACAUGUAGAGAGAGCCCAGUUUCAGCUUAAAGGUGAUUAUGACCCAUCCAAGAAAAAGAAGGUCAGCAACAAGAUGAAACGGAAGAUUAAAGAAAAACAGGAAAAGAUGUUUGACUGGAGGCCUGAUAAACCCCUGGGGACACGAGGCAAGCAUGAAAAAGUGGUGGUCAUCAAACAUAUGUUUGACCCUAAGGAAUUUGAAACGGAUCCUUCCCUCAUCAAUGACAUAAGAGACGACAUUCGCACAGAGGCUUCCAAGUAUGGAGAAGUGAGGAAAGUGAUAGUUUAUGAUAGAAAUCCUGAGGGAGUUGCCACUGUGGCUUUCCAUGCCCCAGAACAUGCUGACCUCUGUGUUGAAGCCUUCAAUGGACGCUGGUUUGCCAAACGCCAACUUGUGGCUGAAACUUGGGAUGGAAAGACAAAGUACGAAGUGAAAGAAACAGCAGCAGAGCGAGAGGCCAGGUUGAAAAAAUGGGAAAAUUUCUUGGAUGGUGGAAAUCAGGAGAACAAAGACAAAGAAUCUGCUGCGUCGGGGGACCAGACAUCAGGAAAGGGUGAGACGACAGCGAUAGCAGCAGAGACAGGAAGUGGCGCUGGGGAGGCAGGCAGUGGUGUGAGUGAGGCUUCCUCAAAACCCCAGGAGAACACGUAAAUGACAGAAGAUACUGCAGCCACCAUACUUACCCAGGUUAAGAACAGCAGUAGAGAAGGUGUAGAAAACUUGGCAGAUACUUCAGGACAUCUUCAGGAAGCAUUUCUAUCAAUGUGUCAAUCUCAUCUGCUCAGAGGAUAACCGUUUAUAAGACAUGUAAUACAGUGUGUAUUGACAUUGACUCCAAACGUUGGGUCAGAACCUUUCAGAACUUCUUUCAGUUCUCUUUGCUCAACGGCAAAAUGACAUCAAAAUACAUUAUGCCUGGGCAUAUGAUUGAACAUCGAUUUAAAUGUCUUUUCCAGCGUCGUGGAAUGAUGGACUAAAUACCUGGAUGCACUGAUUAUUGCAGAGACCGAUAGCAAUAUCUAGUCAACUAUCACCUGUUUAACAAAAAGUCUUAAGUCAGUUUUGAGGAUAAAUCCAACGCGAGUCUCAUUGAUAGACUGUAUUAUAAUAUAUUUAUUGCCCCAUUGGAAACUGAUUUAAGUUGCUAUUACGUUUUUGUGAAGGAGGAGUCGUUUGGUGAUUUAGGUACUAUAAUAGGCCUACAAUAACUGGAAUUGACUGGAAUAUUUGGAAUAUUGUUUAUAUCAAGUUGUCAAAUUUAAUAUGUUAAAUUUCACGAACGGGCAUGUUUGUGUUCAUUUAAAAGGAGAAAUUACGUUAAAGGCCGAUGGCGUUUUAGAUCAUUGUUCACCUUUCCGUGUAUUUUACAUGCACGAUAACUAAUUUCCUUAGAUUAUUUAAAGUAGAAUAUAUAUAUUGCCAAUAAAAGAUUCGAAACGA